AUGCUUGACGCUCUAAGAUCAGCUCCGUUAACCCUCGCAUUCAGCACUUUGCUCGGCGCCGCCUUCGCUGUCGGCCAUCAUGCGUUCUAUAACUCCCUGAACAAUCAACAGACCCCCAACUCUCAAUAUGAUAUCCUCGGUAUUCCAUACAGUAUAUCGGGACAGCAAAUCGCUUUAUCGGCUGGCACAUUAUUUGCAUUUAUAACAAAGUAUUGGCUGGGUUAUGCUGUAUCUACCGCCUUUCAGCAAAUAGCAUGGAGGAAACUACGUCAGCAGUCCAAUACUCUGGGCACGAUUGACAAUAUUCUAGACGUCCUCGGUAAUGGGUUCUUGUGUUUUUCGCCGGCGCUAUGGAAAGGGUUUACAAAUGCUAUGCCGAUGGCGGUUGUGUUUUGGCUCCUCCCCGUAAUGUCGUUCAUUACGCCAUCAACGUUGACCGUGCAUAUGAAGCAAAUAUCCAAUGCAUCAAUGCAGUUAGUUCCACGAGUCGACUUCACCUCUAUGAACUUUGCAUUCCUCGCUGCUGGCGAAGCAAGCUCACCAGUCUACAACUAUCUGGGCCCCCAGUAUGGAGUGCGAAAGGCCGUCACUUUAGCCCUAACCGAUGGAGAAAUCCAACCUAUUAGUCCACCGCAAGCAAACUCGUCCUGGGUUUUGAAGUUUAAUGGACCAGCGAUAAACUGCCAGCCAGUCAAUGCCACUCUUCACCAGGAAAUUACGGACAACAUAUUCGAUACAAUAAAUGCCUCCUAUAGGAAUUCAACCCCCUGUGGUAUCUCCUAUGGCUAUAUCUCCUGGGUCCCGGAUUCGUCCACGUCAAAUGGCUCACUGCCAUUCACCAAUUCCUCGGGAAGUUACUCUCUUCGAAGUGGUACUGUGGGACCCAAGGGGGAAGAUUUCGCUGCAAGCGAUGGUUAUCCAUAUCCUGCAAGCUAUCCACCGCUUGCAAUCAUGGUUGCUGCACUACCGCGCAUGUAUAGUGGGCUAUCCGAGAAUUGCAACAUGGAGAAAUCAGCUUUGAAUGAUUCGACGAUUUUGGAAUGCUCUCUUUACAAUGCCACGUAUAUCAGCAACUUUACUUAUGUCAAUGGCGCCCAGACUAUAAACACCACUCUUCCGUUGAAACACAUCAGUGAUGUCGGUUAUAUUGGGGGCGUUGAAGGGUCCUAUCCUUUUGGAGUCACCUAUGCGAAUGGCACCAUUAUCGAUCCGCAAGGUUCUGCUGCGAGUGACUAUAAUACAACUCUCGUGGAGAUGUUUUCCUAUCAGGCUGUAAUGGAUGCUUUCGGUAUGAUGAUGGUUGGUACGGUUGCAAAUUACCAAGUGGAUGAUGGCGCCUGGUCAUUAGUCGCCAAAGACACGAGCCUCAUGACCACAGUGUUCUUACAGACGAACGAACUUGCAUUCUUGCAAUCUGCCGACCAAGACAGGGAGCUCAGCGAGCUCGGCAGGGAGCAAGUAGAAUGGCUCGGUGACUCAAUAACGAUAUCUGGCAAUGGAACUAUGCCGCUGUUAGACGCCCUUGAAGAUGCAUUUAGAAAUGCUACAUUGUCUCUGAUCGCCCAAUAUUCGCUUCAGCCGAACAUGUCCAGUCCAUAUGCUCCCGGGAAGGUGAACGUGACUGUCACAUCUUCUAUGAACGUGUACUUAUACUCAAAAGGCGUUUUGUGGACAGCAUACGGAUUAGGCAUCUUCUUCACUUUAUUGUGUGUGGUUAGUGGAGUUUUGGCUUUUAUUGCGAACGGGGAACGAACAUACAAUACCAAAUUCUCGACUAUUCUACGCACAACACGAGACGCCCCCUUGGUCGAUAGGCCAAAGCAACAACAUGAAGAUGAGCAAAUAGAGAUUGUUCAGAUUCAUGCCGAAGAUCUUGAUGGGAAGAGUCCAUUGCCGCCAUACUUAGCCAGAGCAGAGAUUUUAAUGGCACAGAAUGAAUACCACAGGAUUCAGGAUGGUGUGGAGGAUAUUGAAUUGGGAGAACCUCAUCAUCCAGUUGUUAGCAGUAUUACUGAUGGUCAAAGUACUAGACAGACAUGA